UAUGUGCAUAGGCCGAUGCUUAUGUAUCGUAUUAUAGAUUAAGCACAUCUAUCUGUAGGCCUACUGCUUUAAUUGGCAAUGGCAUACGAAAUUCUUGAAAGUGUUCUGGACUUCGGGGAGUUUUCAGAUUUGUCUCCACACCCUACACCGUCAGGACAGGUUUCCGCACCCAAGGACAUGCUGGAACAUGGCUUAAUAGCCAAUAAUUCCGAACCUUCCGAAACAGAAGUUCAAAAACCAUUGAACACUGCGGGGAAAAAGACUUUGAAGGGCAAAGGUAAGACAAAAUUGUCUAAACAUGCACACAUUUCCCCUAAUGCAACCUCAGUCAGUCGGCCAUUACAGGGCGUAGCCGAGCAAGCCUCAAUGUCUGCAUCCACUCAACCGUGGCAGGAGCUAAAUAACUCCAUAACGCAAGCAAUGAAAGCGGGCUUUGAACAAUUCACAACUGAAUUCCUGGAGGCAGCUCACAAAGGAUAUGACAAAGAAUGCAAGCGGAGCUCCUCGAGCACCAAUGUGCCCGAGACGAAAGCCAAACGACUGAAAUCAGUCGUGGUUGUUCCUGACUCCGUCACCAACUCAGAGUCUGAUGACACAGAAACUGAACUCAAACGACUUCUUUCGGAAGGUGAACAAAAUUGCUCGUCAAAUGACGACCUAUUGGGUGACAUUCAACAGGAGUACGAAGCAGACGAUAAGGUUGGGCCCAAAGUCAAAGACAAGCUCGCUACUCUGACUGACAAAAUUCUCAUGACGAAACUGUCAGAUGAGAAAUUGGCUGAAAAGCAAAAAGCUUAUUGCAGGCCUCAGAAUUGUACCAAGUUAAUGAAAACCAAAGUCAACCCAGAAAUAUGGGCGUUACUCAAACCUGGCACUCGCUCACGAGACUUAAAAUUCUUGAGAGUCCAGAAAUUGCUUGUCUCAGCAUUUGUUCCUUUACUCCAAUUAACGGAGAAAUUACUGGCUAAGCAAAGCGUCAAAGACGAGGUGAAAUUAGCCACGGAUACAAUAACACUCAUGGCUAAUGCCAACAUCGAAUUGAAUCUUAGGCGUAGGGAGCUAAUGCGUCCCGAUUUAAAUACUCAGUAUCAACGCCUAUGCGCUCCAUCUGUCCCAAUUACACAACUUCUUUUUGGGGACGAUCUGACCAAAGCAGUUCAUGACAUAAAAACAACCAACAAAGUUGGAAAUAAACUUGGUCGUCAAACUGAAGGACGCAGCAGAAGCUUUGGGUACAGACAUUAUUCAGGUCGAACAAUGGCUUCAAAAAAAAGUACAUGCACAACCAGUCGUAUCCAUACCAAAGGGGUCAACCGGCAAGAAGCAACCAGAGCCGGGGACGAGGAUACAGGCGGGGCCAAAGCACAGUGACACGCCCGUAGCUGUCUCAAGUACUACCUCCAGGUUAGCACAGUCUAAUCGGCAGAGUUCUCCAGAAGAUUCAAAACGAUCAGGCAGAGGGACUUCUGGUUGUUCCCAACUGGCCAACCCAGUUUUGGUUUCCGAAGCUAAUACAUAUGCUGAAAGCAGAACCAAUACUCAUCCCAGCUUUUCUACAGCCACUCCAGCUACCGCAGAACAAAUCAGCGGUGCAUCCACUUCAGCCAAAGUUGUCACUACUGGCAUGCCACAUAUCCGGGAACGACUUGCAAGCACAGGUAUUUCAAACCGGACAAGUGAGAUCAUCGUGGCUUCGUGGAGAAGCAAGACACAAAAACAGUAUGCUUCAUAUUUAAGGAGAUGGGACUCCUUUUGUAGCCAACAUGGAAUUAACCCUAUAAAACCGACAAUAGGCAAUGCCUUACAAUUCUUAACAGAUUUAUUUGAUGGUGGUCUCAGUUAUAGUUCUGUUAAUUCUGCCAGGUCGGCAAUUUCGUCCAUUAUUUUGCCCAUAGAUGGCGUUACUUUUGGCAGUCAUGCAUUAACCACCAGAUUUAUGAAAGGGGUAUUUAAUUGUAGACCAUCUUUCCCUCGUUACAAAACAAUUUGGGACGUUGGUGUUUUGCUAAAUUUUCUGAAGUCAUUAGGUAGCACAAAUGAGCUAUCCUUGAAGUUGCUGAGUAAAAAAGUAGUUACGUUGCUGGCUCUAGUGACAGCUCAGCGAAUCCAAACAUUGCAUCUAAUAUGCAUUGAGGAUGUAUUAAUAUC